CAUGUGCUUCGACCAGCGGCCAGAGCUUCGACGCGGGAGGCACACGGGCGUCUUCCUUGACAGGGCUACCCCCGCGUACGAGGGCAUCUUGCUGGACGGCCCUUCGCCGCGUCGCAUUGACGUCGAGGACCUGGGGGCAUGCGGCGCAGCCCGUGCAGCUAGCCCUUCCGGCGCGCGGUGCGCGCGCCCGAAAUUGGCGAGGUGCAAUUUCCACGCGCUGCUCAGUGACUCCUGGCCCGAGGACGCGGAGCCGCUCCCGUCGACGGACUUUUCCCUUGAGGUGAACGCGCUGGAGAAGCCGCGUGGCCACCUGUCCGAGUCGCGCAGGCUCGCUGUCGCGCGGCACUUCUUGGUCACCGUGGCAGGCAGCCAGCAAAAGUUGUUGGCUGGGCUCUAUCAGGGUAUCGACCGCGAGGAUUGCGUGCGCCUGGGUUACGCCAGGCACGUCGAGGAUGAGUUUGCUCUCCUGGUGCGCCAGAAGACCGCCGGAGAUCUCGCAUCGUGGUGGGUGUCUCGCACGGUCGACCGCCCGUCGCUGGUUGUAGGCCCGGCGGCUACUCGGCGGAUCCGCCAUAUCCCUGCGAUGUCUGGCACGCCCGCGUCCGAGGGCGGCCCGCGCGUGCGUCCUGGCGCUGGCGGCGCGCGCCGUUUCCAGUUGCCGAGCGCAGGGUCCAUGGCGCCGCCGGGCCACGCAUGGCGCGCCUCCCGCUUCCCCCUCGUCUCGUCGAGGCGCGAGGCUUCGGAUUUGGACCCGGUGGGCGUAGCUCGUUCUGCGAGGCGCAGGGCGGGGCCUGCGGCCCGCCAGCCCGCCUGCCGCAUCGAGGUGUUCCCAGGAUAUUCACUUGCAGAGAUCCUCGGCCCCGGCUGGCGCCGGCGGCGCGGGGUCGGCCUCGAGCGCGCCAUGAUUCAGAUCCCGAGCGAAGACGAGGACGACGUGCCGCGCGAUCUGCGCGUUUACCUUCCACGGGGCAAUCGCUCGGGGCGACGGGCCCUGCGCGGGUGCGACGGGGGAUUCGCGAUGCAGCAUCCUGACUGCCGCCUCUUGGAUGCCCUGAACGCCAUCGGCAGCCCUGCGCUGUGCGGGCGGACGGGCUCUUGCGCCUUGAACGAGGCAGAGCGCGCGAUGGGCCUGUUCGGCGCGGGUGGCCGCCGCUCGAGACCUCGGUCGGCCAGGGGCUCGCGGGAGGAGCGCAGCGUCGUUGUCUACGGUGGCGCGCUCGAUCAUCCAAG